UUUUUUUUGUUUUUUUUCGUUUCUUCAUCAGUUGAAUUCAAAUCUACUUUACUUUAUAUUUGUAUCUUAGUAUACAUAUAUUAUUAUAUCUACUAUUUAUUAUAUAUAUUUAAACUAUUCUUCACAUCAACCUGGUGUUUGUAUGUGUUAGAUACUUUUUUUUUUAUUACCUUAUUUCGAUUCCACCAUGGCCAACGAUCUAUUAUUACGACUAUUCAACUCUGAAUUCUUCAAUGCUUGGAUUGCUGUGUCUUAUCUAUUCAAAUAUUCUGAUAAUAUCGGUAUUCAAAACUAUCUAUGCGAAUCCUUGAAGAAGUUCCCCUCAGUAGAGAUCGAAUUCUUUUUACCUCAACUGAUGCAUCUAUUGGUUACUCAACCUUCAGUAUCUGUGGCUCUGGAAGAUACCUUAAUUGAUCUUGGAAAGCAAUCUCCUCACUUUGCUGUCAUGAGUAUUUGGUAUUUACAAGCUUACAUGUCAGAUUGGUCUUCUGAUCCUACUUCUUUAUCUUAUCAACUUUGUGAACGGGUACUCAAUAAAUGUCAAGCUACUUUGAUGAACGAUCAAUUACCAAUCGAAUGGAUAGAAACCUCAAAACAAAUUCAAUAUCAAGACGAUGAUAAUGAAAUAGAUAUCACAACAACUACACAACAAUUACAUACCACUAAUAUCAUGACAGAAUCAUCGAAACGCAUAACUCUUACUCAGGAACAACAAGAAUCUAGAGUCAAGUUGAGCCAAGACUUCAAAUCUAUGGACAACGAUCAUGAUGAAAAUCCUUCACCUUUACAUUCCAGUUCACGAUCACUUCGAUCUGCCGAUGUAAUCGAUGCUCCCAAGAUUCCAUUAUUAUCACCACGAUCAACUAGACCAUUCUCGUUCUCAGUAUCAUUAGAAGAUCUACAUGGGGGUAAGGCAUUUUCUUUAUCUCGAUAUUUGGCAAGUCACAUGAAAUGGCCACCACAUAAACCUUUUCACCCAUCACAUUUCCAACAACAACCCACCAUGUCAGAUCAACAAUCACGCCAUUUAGAAAAUUCCUUACCGAGUUCACCUUGCUUUUCACCAAGAACAUCAUUCGAAUCAAAUUCUAUUCAUGAUCGCAAGAAAAACCUUAAUCAACAUCGUUGUCAUAAACAACGACAUCAGGUAUGGGCACGAUCUGGUUAUUUUCAAUAUCAAAUGCAAUUUCUGGUAGCUCUUUCAGAUAUCGCAGAACGUUUAGUAUCGUUACCUAAACAUGCAAGGGUCAGUGCACUUCAUGCUGAAUUGACAUUGUUGAACCAUAAUCUACCUGCUGAAAUAUGUCUUCCUCUUUGGUGUUCUGGAAGUUGUAGCUCUCUUCAUCAUCGUGUUGUCCGUGUCAGUCCUUCAGAUGCUGUAGUAUUGAAUUCUGCCGAAAGAGCACCUUAUCUAUUGAUGAUUGAAGUAUUGGAAGAAGGCCUGUGUUUGGAAGCAGAAGGAAAGGAAACAAAAUCAAGAGAAAUGGAUGUAUCAUUGGUAGCUUAUGAUACAAAUGUGUUUACUCUUGACAAGGCUAAUGAUAUUGAAAUUGACUUUGGUGAAGAAGAAGAAGAUGAUACUUUGGAUUUGGGUACACUUGGUGAUAAGAAACAUAUGUCGAUGACAACAACACCAUUAAUGGCAACAACAACAACAGAUCAAAGUUUAGACGAUCCUUUUACAUCAGCAGAAACGAAUCCGCCAUCUUCCGAUUUUUCGCGACAAAUGCGUACUGCGGCGGUGAUGCUUGCACAGUUACAACAAAAAGAUGAUGACCCCAACUUGGCAAUGGUACAAGCUAUUCGACAACGUGUGAUUGAUCAAAUGGUAUCGCUAGAAGAACAACGUUUAGGCACAGCCACCUUGGAUCAAGUAGCUCAGCCUCUUGGCAAUGACACCAAGGUAAUGAAUGAUAAUGACGGGCAAAAAACCAUGGCAAUGAUAAUGAACAAGGAUGAUCCAAGUGCUGCUGUGUUUUCUGAAGCUUGGCAUGACAAGAAGGAAAGGAUUCGCAAUAGUUCACCAUAUGGUCAUUUACCCAACUGGCGUCUUUUAUCUGUCAUUGUGAAACAAGGUACGGAUUUACGACAAGAACAAUUCGCCAUUCAAUUGAUUCGUGAAAUGCAAAAAAUUUGGCAAGAUGCUGGUGUAGAUGCUUGGGUACAAUAUUAUCGUGUACUAGUAACUUCUGACAAUUCUGGAUUGAUUGAAACUAUUCGAAAUACUAUUUCGAUCCACUCUAUCAAGAAAAAUGCCAAUACUCAUCCAAAUGCUUAUACAUUGUAUGACUUUUUUGAACAGCGUUGGGGACCUUCUACUUCAUCUACUUUUCGGGCAGCGCAGGACGCGUUUAUGAAAAGUUUGGUGGGUUAUUCAAUUGCAUGCUAUUUAUUACAAAUCAAAGAUAGACAUAAUGGCAACUUACUUCUCGAUGAUCAGGGGCAUCUUAUUCACAUUGAUUUUGGGUUUGUACUCUCCAAUUCACCAGGGUCUGUAGGGUUUGAAAUGGCGCCAUUCAAGUUAUCACAAGAAUAUGUGGACGUAUUGGGUGGGACAGAAAGUGAGUUGUUUAACAAGUAUCGAAUCCUGAUGAAACAAGCUUUCAAGGCUGUGCGGAAAUAUGGUGACAAUAUUCUCCUAUUGGUAGAAAUGAUGAGUAAGGAUUCCAGUCUUCCUUGUUUCCAAUAUGGUGCAGAUCAUGUUUUGUCUCAACUCAAAGAACGAUUCCAAUUCCAUUUGACCGAACCUCAAUUAGAAGCUUUUGUUGAUAAACUGAUUGUCAAUAGUUAUGGAAAUUUAUUCACUCGACUUUAUGAUACUUUUCAAUAUUAUUCUCAGGGUAUCUUAUAGAUUAGACACAUUUUGUAUAUAUACUAAUAUCUUAUAUUUUUUUUAAUCUUCUCUCAUUUGAUAAAAUGAAUACCAUCCAUCUAUUUUAUCUAUCUAUCAUCGUCUUAUGCGACUAAUCUAUC